AUGGCUGCAGCUGCGUCGGCGUCGGGCGGCGACACCCCGAAGCAGCUCCUCUCCAUCAUCCGCGACUUCGCCUACGAGAAGUCCCACGGCGAGCGUAGGGUGUCCGACCUCAGGCGGCGCCUCGCCGAUGCGCGCGCCGCGGCAGACGCGGCCGCGGCGGAGCUCGACGCCGCGAAGCGCGCGCGGGAGGCUGCGGAGCAGGACCUCCGCGGGAGCCAGGUGCAAGCCGCGAUCGCCGCCGACUCCAUCCUUGCGCUAGAGGCGACGAUCUCGCAUCUCCAGGAGGAGAUCUCGAAGGCCGGCACUGAUCUGGACGCGCUCAAAGAGUUCAUUAGCAAGAUGUAUGAGAUGAACGCAAAGAUAAGGCAAUUUCAACAGAUGGUCUCUCUAGAAUUAGCAGAGCACAAUCACUGUGAGCCGUCUACAGAAGGCCAACAUGUCAGAGACGAGAGUAAAAAUGUGGACUCAGAAGGCAGUUUGAAAGAUUUGGCAGAUAAGGUGAGCAACAUUGAAGCUGAGGUGCAGCUCUUGGAAGAAGAGUACAAAAAAGAUCUGCUUGAUUAUGAUAAGGUACGUGAGGAGCUGGCCGAUGUCCAAGCAAAGAGAGCUCUUAUGGAGGCUGUUAUGGGAGAGACAAGGCAGCUGCAGGAGCUUGGCGAAUAUCCUGAAAUUUAUGUACAGAGCUAUCUGUUUCUACGCAUUUCUAUUCACAUUUCCCCAUGCUUUCGGCGAAGCUUUCUUUAA